AUGUGGGUUUCCCGGGAGCGUCGUUCCCUGCCACAGUUUUUUUUCUUAAUUUAUGUUUCCGCACAGGGGAUUUCUGGAUAUAGAGAAUGGAGACUGCUGAUUUACAGAAAAUGCACAGACAGGCUCUGGUUGAUUUUCUUUUUUCUCUUUUGGGCUGGUUUGACGUUUAUAACUGGCUAUGCUGUGAUGGCUGGAGCUGCAGAAAGACUUGUAUUUGGAUAUGACAGCUAUGGGAAUAUAUGUGGCAGGAAGAACAUCCCUAUUGAAGGAGCACCCCUUUCUGGACAGGAUAUGACAAGUAAAAAAUUCGUGUUCUUUUUGAAUUCCUGCAAUCUGGAAAUCAAAGAUCUUAAAAUCAAUUCAGUUGCCUUGUGUGUGUCUAGCUGUCCACAAGAGCAACUUAACUCUUUGGAAGACAUCCAACUUUUUGCAAAGAACAAUGAUUCUUGCCUUUGUGUUUAUAACUUGAAUGUUUCCAGUUAUACACUAAAUCCAAAAGCAGCUGAGCUGUGCCCCACACUACCAGUUCCACCAAGCAAAUCCUUCCCAUUGUUUAAUCGAUGUGUUCCACAAAACCCUGAAUGCUAUUCACAGUUUGCAUCUGUCUUGAUAAAUGUAAUCAAUGGAGUGGACAUUUUUCAUCACAUUCUUAGUGGAAUAAUGGCAGGAAGAGAUAUUAUAAUAGGACUGAGUGUCCUUGCACUAGCUUUCUCUCUGAUAAUGGUUUUAACCUUCAAAUUCAUCACUACACUUUUGGUCCAUAUUUUCAUUACACUGGUUGUGUUUGGAUUGUUAUUUGUUUCAGGUGUUCUCUGGUGGUUGUAUUAUGAUUAUACUAACAGCUCCAGCAUAGAACUGGAAACUGAAAAGGAAAAUGUGAAGUUUUUACUUGGAUUUGCUGUUUUAUCUACAGUGAUUAAGGUUGUUCUACUUGUCCUCAUAUUUGUACUAAGAAAGAGGAUUCAGCUGACUAUACAGCUCUUCCAGGUUGCAAGUAAAAUAAUUACCAAGAUCCCUUUUCUGCUGUUCCAGCCAUUUUGGACCUUUCUGAUUCUCAUUUUCUUCUGGGUAUUCUGGGUUGCUGUGCUACUUAGCUUAGGAACUGCAGGGAGCGUGCAAAUCAUUUCAGGAGGACAAGUUGAAUAUAAAGUACUGUCUGGCAUUCGUUUCAUGUGGUGGUACCAUUUAAUUGGUCUCAUCUGGACUAGUGAAUUCAUCCUGGCUUGUCAGCAAAUGACUAUUUCUGGGGCAGUGGUUACUUGCUACUUCAAUCGAAAUAAAAGUAGCCCACCAAGUCACCCGAUCCUAUCUUCAAUAUCAGUUCUUUUUUGCUAUCAUCUAGGAACAGCUGUAAAAGGGUCAUUUUUGAUCACUUUACUAAGAAUACCAAGGACUAUUCUCAUGUACAUUUAUAAUACUUUAAGAGAAAAGGAGAGUGUGUGUGCCAGAUGCUUGUUCAAGAGCUGUUUCUGUUGCUUUUGGUGCUUGGAAAGGUGCCUAAGAUAUGUUAACCAGCAUGUGUACACAACCACGGCUAUAAAUGGGACAAAUUUUUGUACCUCAGCAAAGGAUGUUCUCUUUAUUUUAGCAAAGAAUUCUACUGCUUUGGCAUCCAUUAACUGCUUUGGAGACUUUAUAAUUUUCCUAGGGAAGGUAUUUGUUGUAUGCUUUACUGUUUUUGCAGGAUUAAUGGCUUUUAACUACCAUCGUGAGUUACACGUGUGGGUAGUUCCACUCUUGCUGGUUUCAUUUUUUGCCUACCUAGUAUCCCACAACUUUUUAUCAGUGUUUGAAGUAGUUGUGGAUACGCUAUUCCUUUGCUUUGUUAUUGAUAUAGAAACAAAUGAUGGAUCUACAGAGAAGCCAUACUUCAUGGAUCAAGACUUACUGAGCUUUGUGAAGCAGAGCAACAAGCUAAAUGAGGAGAAAAAGCACAGAAACAGGAAAACCCUCCAGAAUAGUGAUGAUGGGACAGAACUCCAGCCUAUGGUGAGACAGCAACAAAGGCUGUGCAACAUGGACGUCAGAUAACGGUUGUCUCCCAUCGUGCACUAAAAAAGACUGGGCAUAGACUGUAAAUAUUUAUUUCCUGACCCUGGUUUGUUUCUCUGUCCUCCUCUAUCAUCAUCAGUGCUGACACAAGAACAUCCGAGCUAGUUCCUAACGGGGCUGGAUUCUGGCUGUAUGUGGCCAGCAAUGAAUUUUUGCUGCUGUAAAAUGGACAGAACUGACUUUUGUGCCAGCCAUUUUUCCCCUGACCCAAUGUAAGGAGCAUAUCAGGGAGAAACGGCUUCCCUGGGGCUGGAGUAGAUUCCCAGCUUCCCUGCACCAAGCAAUGUUCUGAUGAAGGGAAAGGUUUGGCCACUGGUUCUGAAAUGACCUUCUUAUUUGACUUCUGCUGUUGUUUAAAACUGAUGAGAUUCAAGAAAGGAGAAGUGCCCCAAAGGGCUAUUUCAGCCUUGAAGACUAUAAGAAUAAAGCUUACCAGUUGACCUCAAUGGAGCUAUGCCAAUGUAUUCCAGCUGAGGACAGCCCCACCAUUUAGAACUGUGAUUGUCACCCCCUCCCCCCGAGGCCAGGAGCAAGAGCUGGCUGAUAAAGCUUCUGUCGUAGCAGUUGCUUUUUAUCCUGCUAAAGUGCAUUAGGGACAAAAAUAAAAUAUAUCUUUUGGUGACUAUUUUCUUGAUUCAUUCUAAAGGUCACAGUCUCUGGCACUCUCACUUACACUUUAUUCUAAGCAUUAUGUUAUAGGGAAAUAAUAGCCUAAGCCAUUGGACUGGAAUGCACAAUUUUAAGUUUUAUUAUGUUCACAUUUCCUUCCUUCAGUCUUUCAUUAUAUUUAGCUAAAAAAUCAGAAAACCACAGAAGUGGACUGUAAAACCAGUUUCUUUUUACCCUUACAUUUUAUCAAGGGCAGUCCUGGAUUUUCAGAUGCAUGAAGGCUGCUUAUUCUUUUGCAGAUUACUUUUAAGAACAUUUGGAUACAGAUAACAAGAUCAGUGCUACAUAUUUGAUACUCUUCUCUCUGAGUGUAGGCUUGAACUUGAAAUGGACCUGAAAGCAUACAGGCUAAACUGCAGCAGCAAAACUCAGACAAAACAAAGUGAAGGACACAGAUACUUUGGGACAAAGUAACUUAGAUCUGUUAAUAGUAUUUGUACCUCUCGCACUGAAGAAUUAAACACAGUCUCUUAGUACAGUAGUGGAUUUUUCAUCAUAUCUGUCAUUAUUAAAAUGUACAAGAAGUUAAGCUGUUUCAUGAAAGUUAUGGUAAUAAAGUUCUUCUGUCAGAUUGGUGGUGUUGUCUGAAAACAAGGUUGAAGAGCUAUCCUUCUGGUAUCAACUCUUUGAAUAUGUCAGUUCAGGUACCGCAGUAGUAAUUCUGCAUGCAUCUGUGUAGAAAACAUGGCCAAUAGUCCUUGGAUCCACAAAUGCAAAACAUUAUAGAGAAGAUGCCUUGAGAUCAUUUCCACCUGAGUUGUUCAGUAGGGCUCCACAAUGGCUGCAGGCAACUGAGGAGCAAUACUGGUCUCAUUGGAAGGAAACUGCAGUCUAUUUAGCUAGGAGAAUGGCUGAAGUAUUGUAUACUCUUGUAGGUAAAUGUUUUCAACAGUUAAGAUUGUGAACAGCCCUUAGUUCUUCUCUGAAUCCUCAUACUUAAAAAU